AUGGCUGUCGUGAUCUCUGCCUGUGACCUCAUGCUCCUUCUCCUGGCGCUCUUGGUGGUGAUGACCCUGAGUCGGCACGACGUCAAGGCCGCGACCUUUGUCAGCACCCCGUACAACACCACCGUGGAUUCAAACCUGGACUUCAUCUGCCCCAUAGAAUGUAUGUGUUACAAGACCAACGAGACGUCAGGAGCAUCCGGCCUGUGGAUCAACUGCACCGUGGAUUACUUCUCCUCACACCUGACCACUCUACUUAAUAUGGUCUCCAGCCCCUUGACUGGCUACGCUUUCUUCACCUGCACCAGAACUGCCACCACCGGCUAUGACGAGCCGCCACCAGAGUCGUUUAUCUGGGAGGGAGCUUUCCAGACACUCGGACAGUUGAAGGCUUUGGUCUUCGACCACUGCAAGUUCCGGAAAAUAUCUAAAAAUGGCUUUAGAGGUCUUGGGUCCCUGACUCAGCUCAUCAUCAGAGAUGCCAUCAUCUCUGACCUAGAUCCUGGACUGCUGACCUACUUGCCUCAGCUGGACACCCUGGAAAUCUCCAACAGUUUACUGACCCACUUAUUCCCUGUCUGCACUGCUGGCCACCUCAGGGUGUUAAAUAUUUCCAGAAACAACUUCCUGUCUCUAGAAAAUGCCGGACUGAAUUGCCCGGAUGGAUCAGCUUCACUGGAAACUCUGGAUAUCAACAGCAACUUACUAACUGAGAUACCAGAUUGGCUUGAUCAGAGUUUGCCACAUCUUCACCAUUUAGGCAUCGCUGAUAACUACAUUUCAAAGACUGAAGAAUCUCCUUUCCAAAAUCUGCAGAAGCUAACAUUUUUAGAUAUUAGUAUCAACUCUUUAACCAGCAUUAGCUCAAAAUUCUUCAAAGGCUGCCCAAACUUGCUCAUACUAGGUUUGGCCGGAAACCGCUUGUCAACUCUUCCUCGGAGUCUGCUAGCAAAUCUGUCUGUUCUGCAACAGUUUGAAAUUGGUGAGAUGAACUUAAAUGAUGAUGUCUGGAUGGAGCUUGCAGAGCUUCGUCAGUUGGUUCAUCUGAACAUGUCUGGCAACGAACUGACAUCAGUAAAUACUGAUGUCAUGAGCCAGUUUUUGAGGCUGCAGUACUGUUACCUUGAUCACAAUAAGAUUAAUUUACUUCCAAAAACAGCUUUUGAGUAUCAGCUGAACCUGAACACUUUGGAUUUGUCCUUUAAUGAAAUCCCUGAGAUUCCAUUAGGUGCUUUUAGAAAGCAACAUGUCCUGAAGCACCUUUUUGUUCACCACAAUCAAAUCACCAGCGUUGGGUAUGAAGCUUUUCACCAGCUAAAAGAUUUAAUCACUUUUGAUUUUAGCUACAACAAAAUCACAUCCUUACCACCAAAAGUGUUUUAUGAACUGGCAAAUGUGACCUAUUUUGAUCUCAGUAGCAACAAUCUAAGCCAAAUUGAUAAUGAUUUGUUUUCAAGGACGUUACAUAUUACCCAUCUAAACCUAUCCCACAAUUCCCUGGUUGAAAUGACACCAGUAAACCAGCUGCUUCAUUUGUUUACUCUCGAUGUCAGUCACAAUAAAAUCUCUAUUCUGAACCAAGCAUUUCUGCUGGAUCUUCACCACCUGGUCACAUUCAACAUCAGCCACAAUGAGUUGAAAACACUGCCAGUUAAGCUGUUCAAAGGCUGUGAAAACUUGAGGAUCAUUGAUUUAUCAUACAAUUCUAUAAAACUCCUGGACGAAGCAACAUUUUACAAUGCAGCCCAUGUUCAGACAAUCAUUUUAUCAGAUAAUGAUCUUACUGACCUUGGUACAGUGUUCAGUGGACUUAAAGACCUAGAAACAUUAGAUUUGUCUUUUAACAGCAUCACCAAGAUCCUCCGAGGACAGAUUCCUCAUAUGAUCAAAACUAUAGAUCUGUCACAUAAUAAAAUUACAUUGAUUUCUGCCCAUACGUUUAAAUCCCUAAGCAGGAUACGUACAGUGGAUCUCAGUGGUAAUAGACUGACCUCCCUUAACAGGAUGGACGUAGAAAUUGCAUUUAACUUGGGGUACAUUCCAGUGUUCAAAAUUCAAUUCAAUCCUUUCGUGUGUGAUUGUAAGCUUGGGUGGUUGAAGGAUUGGUCAUCUGGGAUGCUGAAGGACAUGAUGACACUGCCUGACUUUGUCCUUGGUUUUGGUUUGGAUUGCAGCAGCCCAUUCUAUGGUGAUAGGCAGAACCUACAGCAGCUACCACGUUCAGAGUUCUUGUGCCCAUACAGCAGUCACUGUGAGGAGUCAUGCAUGUGCUGUGACUAUGCCUGCUACUGUAAGUAUGUUUGCCCAGCAGCCUGCCAGUGCUACAUUGGGGAUGACUUCUGGCAUGUCCACCAUGUACUAUGUAACUCUGCCAACUUGACCGCUGUCCCUGCUGGAUUGCCUGAAGGGGCCACAGAUCUAAGGCUGGAUGGAAACAACAUCCCUGUUCUCCCAAAGCAUGCUUUUCUAGCCUUGAAGCUUGUGGGGAAUCUGUACCUGAACCACAGUCAAAUCCAGGCUAUAGAAAACAACACCUUCAGGGGUCUGAAGUCAGUCAAGCGAUUGUUUCUGAAUGACAAUCAUUUAACUGUCAUCUACUCUGUGACUUUCCAGGGACUGGAGAGUCUAGAGGAAGUUUACCUCAACAACAACGACAUCCACACCUUUGAUGUCCAGGCUCUGUUUGCUCCAGCAACCCUCAACCUUAUCAAUCUCCAGAACAAUGCUCUGCUGACAAUUUCUCUGACUGACCUCUUCAAUUUUACAAAUCGAUCUUUAGACAACAGUGCCAAGACAAAGCUCUACCUUAGUGGAAACCAUUGGAGCUGUGACCUUGACUUUGCUUGUAGAUUUCUAUCUUUUGUACAGAAAAACUCUGAAUUUAUUGGGGAUGUUUCCUUCAUUGAAUGUAUACCCCCUGUAGACUCAGAGCAGUCAUUUUAUACACACCGUCAGAGUUUGAUGUUAACUGAUCUACAACCUGAGCUUUGCAUUCAUAACCAAACUAUUUACGAGAACAUCACCAGACACAGCACAGAGGCACCAGCAGCAGCUUCAGAAAUCUAUGCACUGAUUGCCGCUUGCAUCAUUAUAGUCUUUGCUCUGGCUCUACUUAUUGUAGCUUACACCAACAGACACUUCCUUCAAGUUGUCUGCUUCACUCGGUUUGGGUUGAGAGUCUUCAAGAUGGCUAAAGCAUCCGAUGAUAACGAAAGACCCUAUGACGCUUUUAUCUCUUACAGCAAUAAAGACGAGGACUUUGUGAUCCGCCAACUUGCUCCACGGCUGGAAAAUGGGGACAAAAAGUUCAAAUUGUGUGUGCACUAUCGGGAUUUUCCAGUUGGGGCAUGUAUUGCAGAAACAAUUGUCCGCAGUGUUGAAGCCAGCAAAAGAACUAUCUUAGUUGUUUCUGACAACUUUUUGGAUUCAGAAUGGUGUAGGUUCGAGUUUCAGACCGCUCAUCAACAGGUAUUGAACGAGCGACGAAACCGAGUCAUCCUCAUUCUUCUACAUGACUUGGAUUCAGACAAACUGGACAGCACUUUAAAAGUGUACAUGAGAACUCGCACGUACUUAAAAUAUGACGACCCCUGGUUCUGGGAGAAGCUGUUGUUUGCAAUGCCCGAUAUUCGUCAGAGAAAACCCAAGCUGCAAGCGGGGGGUAAUGACCACAGGCAUUUAGAUAAACUGACAAUAGACAGUCGUUUUUCAGGGAAUCCCGAGUACCAGUCCACACGCAACGUCAGCUCUGGUGAGACCAUUCACAAUGACUUGUAUGAAAUCCCAGUUCUGGAAUCUCCUAACGGUCAUUACCAGCUGGCAAACAGCAUUUCCUGCAGCACUCAUACAAACUCUGCCUACCACAACUCAGAUAUUAGUGAUGGCACCACCAGCUACCACAAUGGUUCUGUCAACGGAAGCUGCUGCCACUAUGAAGAAGUGGGUCCUGGCUGUAGCUCGAAUCAGUCGACACCUCAGAAGCAGAUAGGUACUCCGCCUCCUGUGCCAUCAAUUCCCAAAGAAGGAUUUGUUCCAAGGCAGAAACUUUUGACACUGAAAGUGUAA